CACGCGUAGACGGCUUGGGGCGGGGCCACGCCCUUUGGCGCGAAAUUUUCUUUUCCGCACUCUCGAGUUCUAGCCGGGCACCAGCUUUGGUUAGGGUGAGCAGUUGGUGGCUGUUAGGGGAGAAGUCUAGCUCGGGCAGGUUGGAGUUGCUGCAGCCCGUAGGGAUCCCGAAGCGGAGGCGGUGGGAAGCGGAGAGCCCGCGGGAGGUUCGGCCCCCGGUGAGUGUGGCGGCCCGCGGGCUGGAGGGGGCGCCGGGCCUCUGGAACCGAGGACGCCGUUCUCUGCAGACUCACUCUUUGCUGCUUUCAGCCGACGCGCACCGAGCGCCUGUUCAGUGGCUCCCGGCGUUCACCUCGCGGUUCCUAAAAGGCUUCUCGCUUAGCCGGGCAGUUGAGAGUUUGCUGUGGAUGCAGUGCGUGAGCUGGAAGCCCCCAACAGAGAAGCGUGAGCAUUGCGCCCUGAGACGCUCAGGAAUGGUCUCAGCCUUUUCUUCCAUCUGCUUUGCCUGUGAAAAGCGCUCGCAUCUUUUCUCCUGAUCCAUAGUGUAGCAAGCUCUACAGGGAAGGCGGAGCAGGUGUUCUCACCGCACUUUACGUGUGUAGUGACUAUGCCCAGAGAGACUUGGCGGGGUCGCUUUUUGUGACUGAGGGGUCCAAACUCCUACCUGGGUCUUCUUUUUUCCGGAUAACUUGCUCUGAACUGCUGGGACCCCUAUCCAUCUUCUUUCCAAUAGGGAAAUGCAGGGGCUCCCUUUCUACUGACCUGCUGUGAUAGCUGAAGAAAAGCACUGGACUUAGGAGAAUGAGAUGUAAGAGUCUCCUGUCCGGAGCUAGGGAUAUAGCUCAGCGGUGCAGUGCCUGCCUGGCGAGCCGAAGGUCCUGAGUUCUAUUCUCGGCAUCAAAAAAAAAAAAAAUGUCUAUUGCCUGUGAAACUGCAAAGAUUAGAUCUGAUUUCAGUUGUCAGUAAAAUACGAGUAAGAGUACCCUCUCUGGUGGUUUGUUCAAUGUGAACAUGCUUUACUAAAUGUCUCUGCAACAGUUUUUAGUUGUAAUAGAGGGCAGUAUACGGACUUUAGAAGGUUUGUGGAUUCCUUGGAACUGGAUUCCUUGAACGUUUUGCACAGACUGAGUUCCAUAGCCUCAAAUUCUACUGAAAAGGAGCCAUGGCAUCCUACAACACAAGGCAGAAGAGCAGGCAGACUUAUUCAUGGGUUGGCAGGCCUUUGCUGGAUCGAAAACUGGGCCACCAGACCUACAAAGAAAUAUCUGUGAAAAGAGAAGGUUGUUCAAGUCAGACUCACAUCCAAGUUGGACAGUUUGUGUUGAUUGAAGGGGAAGAUGAAAAUCCCUAUGUUGCAAAAUUGAUUGAAUUGUUUGAAGACGAUUCUGAACUUCAUUUCAGGAAACGUGCACGAGUACAGUGGUUUGUCCGAUUCUGUGAAGUUGCUCCUUGCAAACAGCAUUUCUUGGGUCGGAAGCCUGACCCACAGGAGAUUUUCUGGUAUGACUACCCCGCCUGUGAUGACAACAUUAGUGUUGAGACCAUCAUUGGCCCUGUUCAGGUAGUGGCUUUAGCACCAGAUGAAGUGAUCCCGAUGGAUCUGAAAAAUGAGAAGACGUUCUUUGUGAAACUGUCCUGGAAUGAAAAGAAGUUCAAACCCCUUUCCCCAGAACUGUUUGCAGAGUUUGAUAAACUACGAAAAGACAGCCCCAAGUGCCAGAAGCCCGGGACUGAAAAUGCAGAAAGCCCUUCUUGGCACACAGCGGAAAAUGUGGUCAAAAGGAGUGAAUCAGGACAUUCUGCCUCCAAAUCUUGCCAAAUCCCCACUGCAAGGAAGAAGCUGGAGCUGGGCAGCUUCCCGAAGACACCUGACGCUAAGAUAUCCCAGCAGACUUCAUGUGCUUCCUUGGAUUCUCCAAGAAAAACUAAGCGAAAAGCAACCUCCUCAGAGACUACCUCACAUUCAAAGAGAUCCCAGCCGGGUGGAAUCAGGACCUCAUCUCCAACUCUGAAAGCCCCGGAGAAAACUGGAGCACUCGGACUGGUUUGUGCUGACAAGAGAGAGUCACCUGAAAGUCACAUGACCCUGAGAACUCGAGUGUCAGCUGUGAAAACCCUGAGGAUUAGCGAGGAGAAGAACCUUACCCCUAUGAAGGGGGGUCAGAGAGCCUCAGGGGUGCCUUGUGUGUAUCUGAAACCAGAAUACAUCGGAAAGAGGGAGGAAAAGGAACCAGAAGAUCAGAAUAAAGCUACCACUGUUUCCCAUCGCACCCACAGAAAGAGUUCUCUCUUAACGCUGAAUCGGAUUAGGCAGCAGCUUCGGUUUCUAGAAAAUAAUAAAAAUGACCAAGAGGAUAAAGAAUUCCUGCCAGCAGCAGAGGAUUCUGACUCCAGCAGUGAGGACGAAGAGGCUUCCACUCUACCCCUUCCAAGAAGACAGCCCUGCCGCGCAUCCAGGAACCUUCCGCCUUCCUCCGGGCCAUCUGUCCAGACCCCCUCCAGGACCCCAAGGAAGGCUCUCAGGCCUAGAACACCACAUUGUGUCACUGCCAAGAUCCGCAGCCGAAGCCAGGCCGCCCAGGAGCCGGCCAACGUGCUAGAGGAGGCCCGGCUGAGGCUGCAUGUUUCUGCUGUGCCUGAGUCUCUUCCUUGUCGAGAGAAGGAAUUCCAAGACAUCUACAACUUUGUGGAAAGCAAACUCCUUGACCAAACUGGAGGGUGCAUGUACAUCUCUGGGGUCCCCGGGACAGGAAAGACUGCCACUGUGCACGAAGUGAUACGAUGUCUGCAGCAGGCAGCCCAAGCUAAUGACGUUCCUCCCUUCAAAUACAUUGAGGUUAACGGCAUGAAGUUGACGGAGCCCCACCAAGUCUACGUGCAGAUCUUGCAGAAGCUGACGGGACAGAAGGCAACAGCUAACCAUGCAGCAGCACUGCUGGCAAAGCGAUUCUGCUCCCGAGGGUCCCCACAGGAAACCACUGUCCUGCUUGUGGAUGAGCUUGACCUUCUGUGGACUCACAAGCAAGACGUCAUGUAUAAUCUCUUCGACUGGCCCACUCACAAGGAGGCCUGCCUGGUGGUCCUGGCCAUUGCCAACACCAUGGAUCUGCCAGAGAGGAUCAUGAUGAACCGGGUGUCGAGCCGAUUGGGCCUUACCAGGAUGUCCUUCCAGCCCUAUACUCACAGCCAGCUGCAGGAGAUCCUAGUGUCUCGGCUCAAGCAUUUGAAGGCCUUUGAGGAUGAUGCCAUCCAGUUGGUGGCCAGGAAGGUAGCUGCCCUCUCUGGGGACGCAAGGCGCUGCCUGGAUAUUUGCCGGCGAGCCACAGAGAUCUGUGAGUUCUCCUGUCAGAAGCAGGACUCACCUGGCCUGGUCACCAUGACCCACUUAAUGGAAGCUGUGGAUGAGAUGUUCUCCUCCUUGUACAUCACUGCCAUCAAGAAUUCCUCCGUCCUGGAGCAGGGCUUCCUGAGAGCCAUCCUUGCAGAGUUCCACCGAUCUGGACUGGAGGAAGCAACGUUCCAACAGAUAUACAGUCAGCAUGUGGCCCUGUGCCGAAUGGAGGGGCUGCCCUACCCCACCAUGUCAGAGACCAUGGCCGUGUGCUCGCGCCUGGGCUCCUGCCGCCUCCUCCUCGUGGAGCCCAGCAGGAACGACCUGCUGCUCCGGGUGCGGCUCAACGUCAGCCGGGAUGACGUGCUGUACGCGCUGAAGGAAGAGUGAAGGGGUUCCACAGGGCCUGGGUGUUUUUUUUGUUUUGUGGUUAUUCAGAGAAAAAAAUAAAACUAUUUCAAAACAAGA